ACUGGUCUCAAUCUGAGCAAUGAAUUAAUCUCGGGCGGAAUAUUUGAGAAUUCUAGUCUCUUCAGUCUCCAAUAUCUCAGAAGCCUGGAUUUGUCUUACAAUAACCUCAACUCUACGAUCCCAUCAAGGAUAGCCUCUCUUCGUUGAAACUUGGGAACCCAAAUUUGAUGAUGCUGGUUCAGAAUCUCAUACAACUUCAGGAACUAUAUCUUGAUGGUGUGAAUAUAUCGGCAGCAGGAAAUGAAUGGGGUCAGGCUUUAUCAUCUUCAUUGACUAGUCUGCGAGUGCUGAGCUUGUCCAACUGUUAUGUUUCUGGCCCUAUUGAUCACUCGCUUCUGAAGCUUCAUUCUUUGUCAGUGAUUCGACUGGAUAACAACAAUUUGUCUGCACGGUUUCCGGAAUAUUUUACAAAAUUCUCAAAUUUGACUUCUUUGCAUCUCAGUUCGUGCGGGUUGCAUGGGACAUUUCCCAAAGAGAUCUUCAAGGUACCAACACUAAGGAAUCUUGACAUAUCGUUCAAUAAAUUACUCGAGGGUUCUUUUCCUGAAUUUCCUCCAGAGAGUGCUCUUCAAAGUCUAGUAAUUGCCUCCACCAAUUUCUCAGGCCACUUACCAGCUUCUAUUGGCAAUCUUAAGCAGUUGUCCAGAUUAGACCUUAGCUAUUGUCAUUUCCACGGAAAACUUCCAACUUCUAUGUCUAAUCUCACCGAGCUGGUUUAUCUGGAUUUAUCAGUUAACAACUUCACUGGUCCAAUCCCUUCUUUUAGCAUGUCCAGGAACUUGUCCAAAAUACAACUCUCGCAAAAUGGCUUCACCGGUGCAAUUUCAUCAUCUCGUUGGGAAGGCCUCUUGAACCUUGUAGACAUUGACCUGAGAAAUAAUUCCCUCAGUGGAAGUAUCAUUCCAUCUCUGUUUUCCCUUCCAUUGCUCCAAAAGAUUCAACUCUCCAACAAUCAAUUUGAUGGUCCAGUUCUUGUGUUUCCAAAUGCAUCUUCCACAGUAUUGGAUACACUUGAUUUGAGUAGCAACAAUCUUCAAGGUCCUAUUCCAUUGUCUAUAUUUAAAUUCAAAAAUCUGAGCAUCCUCUCACUUUCUUCUAACAAUUUCAAUGGUACCAUUCCGUUGGAUAGUAUUCUGAGUCUUGCCAAUCUUAUAAGUCUUGACCUUUCAUACAACAACUUGUCUGUAAAUGCAAGUGUUAAUGACCCUACUCUGUCUUCCUUUUCCAAUAUCAGCACAUUAAAACUUGCUUCUUGCAAACUCAGAAUAUUUCCUUACCUAAAGAACCAAUCUAAACUAGUUUAUUUGGACCUUUCACAAAACCAAAUUCAUGGGGAGAUACCUAAUUGGAUUUGGGCAGUUGGGAAUGGUUCUCUUUCCUAUCUGAAUCUUUCCUAUAAUCAUUUGGAGAGCAUGCAAGAGCCUUAUUUUGUGCCUAAUCUUUUUGUCCUCGACCUACAUUUUAACCAUCUCCGAGGAAAAAUUCCCGUUCUACCUCCAUCUGCUAGCUAUAUAGAUUUGUCUAGCAAUAAGUUAACAUCUUCCAUUCCAACUGACAUUGGUAGGAACCUCUGGUUCACUACUUUCUUUUCCCUCUCAAACAAUAGCCUUACAGGAAUUAUACCCGAAUCGCUAUGCAAUGCGAGUUACCUGCAAGUUCUUGAUUUGGCAAGGAACAAUUUAAGUGGUAGAAUACCAGCUUGUGUGUCUCAAAUGAGCCAGACUCUUGGAGUACUGAAUCUACGAAAGAACAACUUCAAUGGCACAAUACCUGAUGCAUUUCCAGUUAAUUGUGCUCUAGAGACUCUGGAUCUGAGUGAAAAUUUGAUAGAAGGGAAGGUUCCAGAAAAACUAGUCAAUUGCAAGAAAUUAGAGGUUUUAAACCUUGGGAACAAUAAGAUCAUUGACAAUUAUCCAUGCCAGUUGAAGAAGAUAUCCACCGUGCGAGUCCUUGUUUUGCGGUCUAACAAAUUUCAUGGCCCUAUUGGAUGUCCCCAUAUCAAUGGAACCUGGAAGAACCUUCAAAUUGUUGACCUAGCUCACAACAAUUUUAGUGGUGAAUUACCAGGAAAAUACUUAACAAACUGGCAGGGAAUGAUUGCUGGAGAAGAUGAUGUCCAAUCAAAGCUGAAGCACCUAACGUUCCAGUUUUUUCAACUGAGUACAUCGCGAUAUUAUCAGAACGCAGUGACAGUUACUAUGAAAGGUCUAGAUGUAGAGCUGGUGAAGAUCCUAACUCUUUUUACCUCCAUUGACUUUUCGAACAACCAUUUCCAGGGACCAAUACCAAAAGAAUUAGGACAGCUCCAAUCACUUUUCCUCCUCAACUUGUCCCAGAAUGCUCUCACAGGCGAAAUCCCAACAUCUUUAGGCAACUUGCGGCAGCUUGAGUCUUUAGACUUCUCCAGCAACAAUUUGAUUGGUAACAUUCCAAUUGAGCUUGCAAAUCUUACUUUCCUUUCAUAUCUGAACCUCUCCAAUAAUCAACUGGUUGGGCCAAUCCCAAUGGGUACUCAGAUUCAAUCAUUUUCGGGAGAUUCCUUUGGAGGAAAUAAAGGACUCUGCGGUCCUCCAUUGACGAGAAAGUGCAGCAACUCCAGCAAGUUAGGAGAUGCAGAAGAAGAAGAAGUUGAGUUUGAUUGGAUGUUCAUAUACGCUGGAAUUGGGUUCGUAGUCGGAGCUGGAGAUAUGAUAGCUCUCCUAAUGUUUUGGGAGAAAGGGAGUAUUUGGUUGGACAUUAUGACUGACAAAAUUCUUAUUGUUGUUCUUCCAAUGCUGGGUUUUAUAUAAUAUUGUCCAAACUCUCAUAUAAGAUUGCCACUUCGUCAUUCACUUUCAUGUCAGAAAUUCUGAGAGCAAAACAGAGAGCAAUAAUCAGGCAAUCAGCUUUGGGAUUUUUAGGACAAUUUCCUUACAAAAAUAAAAUUAUUAAACAGCUUAUGUUGGUAUA